AUGGUCCCGCCGUUGAGACCAGAGAAGAAGGGCAGAUUUGACGCAACUUAUCCUCCUGCUAAAUUCGCUGCGAACGCCUGCAGUCCGUAUUUCAUUGGAAAGCACAAACUGUCACGCAAGCGUAUGGAAAAAGGGGAGAGUUCUUUGUCUAAAUACGGUUUCGGUGGUGACGGAUUCAAGGCAGGAACACAAGUCGAAGCAAACGCUCGUAAUGAUGACGCUCCUAAAUUCCCUUUGGUGAGCCGCUCAUCGUCUAUGACUGCAGGGUCACUAAACGCAAGUAAUGGUCUAGCAUUCGAUUUCAGUAACGAUCCAAAACUUCGGAGAGUUCGUGAAGUCAUCGUGUCUAUCGUCGAUUCUGUGAGUUGUGGAGAGGAAAAGAGACAACGACAAAGAAUUACACGAUUGCAAUAG